GAAAGUAUCAGCACCGUCCCUCAGCUACCACUCGAUACACACAGGCGCGUACGUACACAAGCUGCCGACCGGACAAAAUGAUCGUGCUGCCACUGGCAUGGACACUGUUGACAGCAUCUCUGUGGACAUCAGGUUCGAGCCAGAUCCUGCUGCAAGAACCCGUCAACACUCUUUAUCCCGAGAUCCUCAGUACUCAGUCUAUUGAGUGCGACUGCGCUAACGGUGACUCUGUCUACUGGUUCCGCAGUAUUUCCAACCACAAUAAAAUACAGUUCCUCGGCCAAUGCAACCAGGCCAACCGUGUUAGCUAUGGGAAGGAUGUGAACCAAACACGGUUCAUAUUUAGAAGCAAGAGCACUACAUCCUUUGUGCUACACAUCAUGAGUGUGACAGAAGAGGACGCAGGAACUUAUUCUUGUGUUCUCAGUGGGAAGAAAAACACAGAAACGUGGAAGCCUGGGAUUCUUCUUCGGCCGGGAGAGACCCCUCCAACAUUACCACCUAAGACAAAACCACCUGUCAAGUCGGUCUGUCACUGCAAGAUAUCUUCACAGGAUGGCUGCGGCUCCCUGGUUCUGUGGCCGUUGGUUGGACUUAUUGCGGCCCUGGCUCUAGCGCUCAUCUGCACACUGUACUACUUCAGCAGGCUACCCAAAAAAUGUCGGCACCGCUUUGUGAAGAAGCGGUAGAUGACCCAAAGCAAUGCAUCUACGGCUUAUAUCUGACUCAAAUGGCUGAGGUGCUUCACUUGAGCCGACAUCCAGUGGAGCAUGAAGGACAUGAACAUCUCUGAAGAUCAGCUCUGCUGACAACAUGCCGUGUUUAUUAACUGCAAAAUGUGCGCCAGUCAGAGAAGAGUUUGAUGUUUUCAAGAGCAGCAACAUAUUGUAAUAUAUGGAUUAUUUUUUUGUUACAUAUUUUACAAGACAGCUGCAGAGCUCCACCACGUCAUCUUCUAAGCUCUGUGCUGUAACUUUACAUCGAUCUUUCUUUUUUUUUUUUUGUCAAUAUGCAGAUGACAUCAUCAUUUAUCCACAUGCUUUUUCAAUUCAGCAGGUUUGUCAUCUGUAGCUUUGGUGUUUUACAUCAAUAUUAAAUUCGAACACAACAGAGCAGUACUUUUUCUAAAAGUGUUUAUUUACAUUAACACAUUGACCACUAAAUUUGAAAUAUAGUAUUUGCUCAUUUGCUUUUUGCUCUUUCUGCUAUUUAUUUACGUUCUUGUCUCAUAAUUAUUUCAAGCAUUUUGUUUAAAACAACACCUUCAAGUUGAUUUAUCUGUGGGCAUAUUUCUGUUAAAUCAAUAAAAUUGUAUAUUUCCAAUCACAA